AGAAGCCGGUAUGAGGGGAGUUGAAGCGGAGACUCAGGACGCAGCGAUAUGUGGGCUAGAUUGUGAAAUUUAGGACGUAAGACUAUGGUGUCGUGUUGAAGUUGAGUAAUUAUGUUGUUAAUGAUUUCUGUGACACUCUGUUGAGUUGUCUUGAGCGGGUUAGGAUUAGAUAUUUCAGCUGAGUCGCGCUUUAGCUCUUUGAUGUCAGGAGUGAUUUGAGGUUAAGGUGUGGCUUUCAGCAAAAGGACGAAUUACUUAAAUUGUAGCAGAGCUUAUAUUAAAUUCUUCGAUGUUUAGAGUAGCGUGAUACAUUAAAAGUGGGCAAGAGAGACUGGAAAUGGGAUCGGGACAUGACCCAGGUCAGAAUCGAACUUGAGUUCCCAAUGAGCCAACCGCUUUUAAAUGUCGUAUGUGCGCUGCCUUGUGCGCCAGAACUGCGACUGAAUUGAAUCACAAGCGUUUUAACGCUUUUCGCGAGGAUUUGAUACGCGUGUGAGAUAUUUAAAUCCAGGAAGCGUUCGGUUACACAACGGCGUCUAAUCGUUCGAUGACCGUUGCAACAUUCGUUCUAACUUUUCGGAAGUGUGUGAAGUGAACCCACUUCAGAACGAAUGGAAUCUGUUACAUUCCAUUGGAAGAGAUCGCGAGAGCUCUCGGUUCAGAGUUGAGCCGUACAGGGCGUGAGCCGUCCGCUAGUAGACAGUCUGUAGGCACUAUGAGGGAAAAAAAACCAUUGCGAAAAUAAAGGAUGUUACGCCAAUUUUAUGUGGUAUCUGGGAGUCGAAUCGCUUACCAGCGUGACAUACGAAUCGAUCGACGAGAGAAAUCGAGAAUUCUGCCAGUGAAGUAACGUAAGUAGGUGUUGGACAUUCCUCAUUCAGAAGUUUUCGCUCAAAGGUGUUUGUCGAAAAACUCAAUAUCGCACCGAUAUCGAUUUGACGCUAUUUGUUAAGUCCAGUAAAUUUAAACAUGUCGCUGAGAAUUAACACUGUAUUAACACGGACAACUGAUAUAACAGUGGGCGUUACACUGCUUUCAGUUACAAUAUAUUAAACUCAUAUCGCCUGACGUAUUCGUGAUUUUUUUUCUUUUUCUUUUUUUUUCUUGUAGUUUGCUCUCUUGUUUUUCUUGGUUGCAUUAUAUUUAUGCUCAUUUUCAACUUUCGUAAGACGACAAAGAAUAGGCCUUAAAUGUAUAAUUAACCUAAAAUGAAUAUUUAGUCAUCAGUUAGCCACCUUCAUGAUGUUUUAAACCUGCAUGGCUCAUAUAGAGAGCGAUAUUACACAGCCGAUCCAGUCAAAGUGAAUGGUGACUGGCCCUCCUAUUCCGCCUCACAUUUUCUCUUGUUUUUACAGAAGAUAGAAAGUUUGUAAAAACACGAGUGUUAGUAAAAGACAAAUUUAGAGCCUAAUACGUCUGUUUAAAAAAUGAAUAACAAGAGCAGCAGGAGAUUGUGCUAUACGAGAGAUGGCGAAGAUAAAAAUAUUAGUUUGGGUAGUUGGCUAGUAGUGGUAUAUAAAACAUGGAUUUGGCCAUGACACGACGCGUAUACAUCGCAUCGCAUACACUGAUUCCUGUGAGGCGAGAGCAUGGCAAAUUCCUCAAGAACCCCACCCUGUAUGCCUAACAUCUGGAGUGAAGACCUCCAUUUCAUACCAAUAUCAACAGUAUGUCAUUAAAUGGAUUUCUUCUUACGUCUGAAUGACGUCUGACUGCUGAAGGUCCAGGCAGCUCUGAUCAACUCAAACAAAGUGGAACAAACAGACACCCUCCUGCUGGAGCUUACAGAAUCAUUUUGAUGGCGCACAUGCCGUUCUCCACGUGGCUGCACACGCACAACGCAGCAUGCGUGGGUGAACUGACGCAGUCUCCAUGACUCACUCUGACACCAAACAUCACUUACAGCAUCAUUAAUGUCCUUCUGCGUCUGUGGCAGGUGAGCAAUCACAGAGCUGCACAGAUCAGACCCACUUACAGCCGCUCCACUGCAGCAUUCAUCAAACAGCCACGAAGAGCUAGAGACAUCAACUGAUCUUAGCAGAGCUCGGCACCAGCAGUGCUGCAACACACACUUUGCGAUCCAGCUGUCGGCCACAUGUGUGUGAUGGGGUCGUUGAGUCCAUACCCGGCUCUACAUCAUACCCUUUCUUUCAGUGUUCCUGUGGUCCACUAUGUUGGGAUUGAACAGAAGGCGAAGCUGAAGCAGAAGAACCUCAGCUUCGUCCAGAACAUUCUGGGCUCUUCUGGUUGUGGAUGUAGUGAGAAAAUGCUGAGGAAAGCCCUUCUGUGGAUGAGAAGGUGGGGCUGCUGGGCCUAAUCCUGUUAUCCCAGCCUUCUUAAUCCAGAUCCAGUCAGACUUUACACCUCUUCAGACCCACAAACACAAACACACGUCCAAUACAAAUAUAUCAGACAUCAUGGAGGACAGCAUUAUGCUGGCUGUUGAAGGGAUCAAGAAAACCAUCUUGCAUGGAGGGACCGGUGAGAAGCCUAAAUUUAUCACAGGAACUAAGGUGACGUUCCAUUUCCGCACUCAGCUCUGCAAUGAUGAGCGCACCGUGAUAGAUGACAGUAAGAAGGCAGGUAUGCCCAUGGAAAUGGUGAUCGGGAACAUGUUUAAACUGGAUGUUUGGGAGACUCUUCUCGUGUCCAUGCACAUAGGGGAGGUGGCUGAGUUCUGGUGUGACGUCAUUCACACUGGUAUGUAUCCAAUAGUGGCAAAGAGUCUGCGGCGUAUCGCAGUGGGGAAAGAUCCAGUGGACUGGCACAUUCACACCUGCGGCAUGGCCAACAUGUUUGCCUACCACAGCCUGGGCUAUGAUGAUCUGGAUGAGCUUCAGAAAGAACCACAGCCUCUUUACUUUGUAAUGGAACUUCUGAAGGUACAGCAGCCCAGUGAGUAUGACAGAGAGUCCUGGGCUCUGAAUGAUGAAGAGAGAUUGAAAGCGGUACCUGUGCUUCACGGUCAAGGGAACAAGCUCUUCAAACAGGGCCGAUAUGAGGACGCCACACUGAAAUAUAAGGAAGCCAUUGUGUGUAUCAAGAAUGUGCAGACAAAGGAAAAGGCAUGGGAAGCUCCUUGGCUGAGACUAGAGAAGAUGGCCAACACGCUCACUUUAAACUACUGUCAGUGUCUGCUGCACAUGGAGGAGUACUAUGAGGCCAUCGAACACACAACUGACAUCAUCAACCAGCACCCUGGGGCAAUGAAAGCCUUCUAUCUGCGUGGAAAAGCGCACAUGGAGGUGUGGAAUGAAGCUGAGGCCAGAGAUGAUUUCAUGAGAGUCCUGGAUCUGGACCCAGGCAUGAAAAAGACAAUCAAGAAAGAGCUUGCAGUUCUCAAAAUGAGAAUGGAGUUAAAAAAUGAGGAGGACAGACUGAAGUACAAGGGCAUGUUCGCAAAAAUGGCAAGAGAGCAAGAGUCUCUAGAGCUGGAGAAUCCAGAUCAAGAGAUUUCAGAGCAAACAUCUCCAGAACAAGAAACAACUCAAGAAAAACAACUCAAGAGUCCAGAGGAGGCACCGCUAGAGCAAACAGGUGAAGAACAAACAAAUUCAACACAAACAUCUCCUGAGCAAAUAACUUCAGCAGAAGAAACAUCUACUGCGCUAUCAAGUUCUGAUCAUGAGAUACCAGAACAAUCAACUACUCAAAAUGUGACUCCAGAACAAACUACCAGAGAAGAAGCUACUCCAGAACAAUUAUUUCUGGAGCAAUCAGCUUCUGAAGAAACAUCACCAGAAAAUAUAACUCCAGAGCCAACCUAUCCAGAACAAGCAGACCAGGAUCUUACAACUUCAGAACAAAUGACUCCAGCUGAAACGACACCAGAAAACACCAGUCAAUGAGUCUUAAUCAUAAAAAAAAAAUUGAUGAUGUGGGAUAAAGUUGAACCCUUUUGACUUUUUACCUCUGAAAUGCUUUGUUGCUUUUCUUCAUGUAUUCUACAUUACAAUGUAAGAUUUAACUUUACCAUAGUGACUGUAGUUUUGCCAGAUCAUCCAAUAAAAUAGUA